AUGCAGGCGAGUUUAAAGCUGCUGUUUGUCUCUCUGAUGAUCAUGAUGAUGAAGAAGAACUCGGCUGCAGCUCAGCAGAACCUUUGCUCCAACUCGACGGUUCUGAGGACUCGGACGGCGUGUCACUCGUGCAGCAUCAGCUUGUUGAUUCCGUGUCCGUCAGGAUUCAGGCAGACUCCCAGAUCCCUGACCCAGGACUGCAAGUACUACAUCCGGACCCCCAGUAUGAAGCUGCCCCUCAGUGGCUGCUCCUUCGAGUGUUACAAAGAGGUGGAGGUGAGGACCUGCUGUCCCGGGUUCUGGGGUCCAGAUUGUCUCGAGUGUCCGGAUCAGGCCGACAGACCCUGCAGCGAUCGAGGAGUUUGUUCUGACGGAGCCGGAGGAAACGGAACCUGCAGCUGUCAGGUGGGCUUUGCAGGAACUGCCUGUGAGGACUGCGCACCUGGUCGAUAUGGUCCCACCUGUAGCUCAGUAUGUUCAUGUGUCCAUGGCCUGUGUGACUCUGGUCUCAGAGGUUCUGGUUCCUGUACCUGUUUCUCUGGGUAUAAAGGUCCAAACUGUGAUCAAGAGUUACCUGAGUGUGCGGCUCUCAGCUGUCAGCAGAACUCUCGUUGUAUGGAAGAAGCUCUGACGGGACACCUGGUGUGUCAGUGUCUACCUGGGUACCAGAAGUUCAGCGAUCAGUGUCUGUCCAUAAACCCUUGUCUGCAGCGGGUCUGUCAUGUCCGGGCCUCCUGCGUCCAUACCGGUCCAAACCAGCACCGCUGUACCUGUAACGAGGGUUACAGCGGUGACGGACGGGUCUGCAUGGCUAUCGAUCAGUGUCAGACUGGACAGGGAGGCUGCUCCGCUGAGUCCACGCGCUGUGUCUAUGAUGGGCCGGGGAUGUCUCACUGCGAGUGUCUUCCUGGUUUCCAUCACCUGUCUAACGGCAGCUGCAGCCGGACGGACGUCUGUCGACCGGACUCCUGUGACAAAAACGCCAAAUGUAGCACCGUGGGAACUGGACAAGUCGAGUGCACCUGCCUCCAGGGUUACCUUGGUAACGGUAAAGUUUGUUAUGGGAACAUCAUCCAGCGUCUGAACAGCCUGAACACAGAACCUGGAGGACAGUGGAGCGGUCAGCUGAGCAACGCCAUCAGUCUGUUCGGUUCUGUUUCGUGGUCGCUGCAGAAUCUGGGUCCGUUCACUCUCUUUGUUCCAAUCAAUAAAGGCUUCAGAGGAACUUCAGUGAAGACUCUGACAGCCGACCAAUCCAAAGCUACGUACCUUUGUAAGAUGCACCUGGUCGCCGGGGUGAUGCCGUUUGACACACUGAAGAAAACUGACGUGUUCUACACGCUGACGGGAAAAUCAGCUGAGACGGACACAACAGAGGGGGACGCUCUUAUGAAGAUCCGUAUCCAUGGCAGCAGGAAAAAAGGUAUGAUCGCCCAGUCUGACAUCAUCGCGUCCAACGGGAUGAUUCACAUCAUCAACAAGCUGAUGGACAGUGUUGCGGCCACAGUGGAGAGCAACGCUCAGGAAAACCUGAUGAAGAUCGUCUCAGACUACGGGAAGUUCGACAAGUUCGAGUCUUUAUUACAGAAAACUGAGCUCGCUUCAGUCCUCGACCGGCCCGGUCCAAUCACCAUCUUCGCUCCCAGCAGUUCAGCCUUUGACGCUAUGACUGAAGGACACCUGCAGCACCUCAGCAGCCCUGAAGGUCACAACAAACUGGUGGAGCUGCUCAGGAACCACAUCGUGCCGUCCACAGCGCUGGACGUCUUUAACGCCGUGUCGAGUCCCAGGAUUGUGACGAUGGCCAAUCAGGUUCUGACAAUUAAUGUGACAGAAAAUGGUCAGAUUUUAGUGAACGGAGCCGUCGUGUUGGAGGCGGCGGUUGAAGCUAAAAAUGGACGUCUGUAUGUUCUGGAUGGAGUUUUGACUCCAUCCUCCAUCAAACCUGUGCUGCCCCACAGGUGUGACAUCAACGAGACCAAAGCCAUCAAGGGUCCAUGUGUCAGCUGCUCCAAACUCAAAGUGUCUCAGUGCUCAUCAGGAGUCUUUACAGGAACCUCCAUUUAUGGAUGUCUGUACAUCAUGCCCUUUGCCGGUUUAACUACUAAUGGCUUCCCAGCAACGGGUUGCUCAGCUCUCUGCAACACGACGGUGACGACUCCAGCAUGCUGUAAAGGUUUCUACGGUCCGGACUGCACUCCCUGUCCUGGAGGAUACCUGGCGCCAUGCUCUGGACGUGGUCAGUGUUUGGACGGGAUUGGAGGAAACGGAUCGUGUCUCUGUGAUUCACACUUCAGAGGCUCUCGCUGUCAGUACUGCUCCUCUCCCAACAAAUAUGGACCAAACUGUGACAGAACCUGUCCCUGUAUCCACGGACAGUGCGAUAAUCGUCCUGACUCAGACGGUCGGUGUAAACUGGACUCCUGUCAGACCGGUUUCACCGGUCGGUUCUGUGAGCGCAGGACGUCGGCCUGCGGCGUUCGGGCUCAGUUCUGUCACGCCCACGCAGACUGUGAUUUCAGCGAUGGAACUGUCAGGUGUGUUUGUAAACCUGGUUUCCAAGGCGACGGUGUCACCUGUGUGGAGUCGGACCCGUGUGCUCCACCUCACCGAGGCGGCUGCAGCAUGAAUGCCAAAUGUAUAAAGACAGGACCAGGUUCUCACUCCUGUCAGUGCCUGGCUGGAUGGAGGGAGGACGGAGACGAGUGUCAGCCAAUCAACAACUGCAAUGGUCCUGACAGAGGAGGCUGCCACCCCAACGCCACCUGCAUCUAUGUGGGCCCCGGGCAGAGCGACUGUUCGUGUAAAUCUGGGUACAAAGGAAAUGGACGAAUGUGUGAAGCGGUGAAUCAGUGCGUGACGGCAGAGGGCGGCUGUCAUUACCUUGCGAGUUGCCGCUUGCUGUCCUCGGGGUGGACGUGCAUUUGUGAUGAAAACACUGUUGGAGACGGACACAUUUGUUACGGGACAGUGGAACAGGAGCUCAUGGCUCUGCCGGACGCCGGCGAGUUCUUCACAUGGACAACUCAGGAGUCCGGCCUGACGUGGUCUCUGGUGAACCAGAAUAUCACUGUCCUGGUUCCGUCCUCAGCUGCUAUCGCUAAGAUGUCUCCAGAGGACAAAAAGUUCUGGACCCUGAAGGGAAACCUGCUGAGUCUCAUCAGAAAUCACAUUAUUGUCGGAAACUAUCCGAUAUCCAUCAUGAGCAACAGUUCCUCUGUGACGUCACUUCUCAAGACGACGUUUCCUGUUUCAACAACCAAUGAGCUGACGGCGGUUGGCGGAGCGACCAUCACCACAACGAACAUAGCAGCGACCAACGGACUGAUCCACAUCAUUGAUAAGGUUUUGGUUCCUGGCAGGAAGUUGAGUGAAGGUCUUCUGGCGACACUCGCUUUGCAGCCGGACUUCUCCCUGUUCAGAUCAUAUCUCAUUGAUUACAACCUGACAGACGAGAUCGAAGAGGCGGACGAGUUCACAGUCUUCGCUCCAACAGACGCCGCCAUCACGGAUUACCUGAAGAAAAUGUCUGCUACCGCCCUGGAUGUGAAUACAACUCGUUACCAUGUGGUGUCAUCAGAGCGUCUGCUUAAGACCGACCUUCAGCCUGGAGGAUACAAAGAGACACUGCUCGGAUUCUCCUUCCAAAUCGGCAUCUUCCCCCGAGACGGAAAGCUCUUUGUGAACGACGCUCAGAUCGACUCGUUCAACAUCCUGAGUGGUAACGGCGUGAUUCAGGGCCUGUCAGGUGUUCUUCGUAUCAACAGGAACCGCUGUGAUGAGGCCAAAUACAACAAAGUCAUGGGAACCUGCGUGGACUGUUUGUUCCCACAAGGCAAAAUCUGCCCGAAUGACACAAUCGCAGAUAAAUCUGUGAAGAAGAGGAAGUGUAUGUUCACUCGGAUGUUUGAAGAAGAACGACUGCUAACCAUCGGCUGCAGAGCAACCUGCCUCCAGAGAAACAUCGUGCCCAGGUGUUGUCCAGGAUUCUUCGGGGAGCACUGUGAGCCAUGUCCUGGGCCUGACGGUCAGCCCUGCUUUGGUAAUGGACUUUGUUUAGACGGAACAAACGGGACCGGAGUCUGUCAGUGUAGCAGAGGUUUCAAUGGGACUGCAUGUGAAACCUGCCAGAGCGGGAAAUAUGGAGUCCACUGUGAUCAGGAGUGUGGCUGUAAAAAUGGCCGCUGUAAUGAAGGACUGGAGGGUGACGGGACAUGUGAAUGUGAUGUUGGCUGGAGAGGAGUCCUCUGCAAUGAAAAAAUUGAAUCCACGGCUGAUGAACUGUGCGGGUCGGUGAAGUGUCACACCAGUGCAAAUUGUGUGAUUGAACUGUCUGCCGCGAAGUGUCUCUGUGCCGCUGGUUUCCAAGGAAACGGAACUUUUUGUGAAGCUGUAGAUCCAUGCCUGAAGGCUAAUGGCGGCUGCAGUCUGCAUGCAGUCUGUAAGAGGACUCGACCUGGAAGAAGAGAUUGUGUCUGCAUCAGUGGUUACUCUGGUGAUGGACUCGUGUGUAUUGAAAUCAAUCCGUGUCUGGAGGGAAACGGAGGUUGUCAUGGCAACGCAGCCUGUGUUCAUGUCGGACCAAACAAAACUUCCUGUGUGUGCAGUGAAGGUUACUCAGGCGAUGGACGGAUCUGCAACAUGAUCAACCUGUGUCGGAAGAAAAAUGGCGGCUGUCACGAGUAUGCCCGGUGUAACAUGACGGGUCCAGGUGUUCGUACCUGCACAUGUAUGAGUAACUUCAUCGGAGACGGCGUCACCUGCAGAGGCACUCUGGGGAAGGAGAUCCUGAAGAAACGGCUCAGAGACUUUUACCUCGCUCUGAUGAUGGUGGAAGUUUCUCUGAAAGGUCGUGGUCCAUUCACUGUCUUUGUUCCCAAUGCUGACGCCUUCGCAGCAGACAGGAAUGGUGCCGGAAAGAUGAAAUCGUUCAUGGCAGAUAAAUCUCGAGAACAACUUGCCACCAUCCUUCGCAGCCACAUCGUGAUGUGUCACACUCUGCUGCCCACUGACCUGAGCCGACCCCGAAACCUGACAUCUCUCUCUGGUGUCGUCCUGACCACCAGGACCACCCAGGGCAGCAUCCUCGUCAAUCAGGCGAGCGUGACAUACAGCGAUGAUGUCAGCAUCAACGGGAUCUUCUAUGAGAUCAACAAGAUCCUGUUUCCUCCCAACAUGGACAAAAAUAUACAGCCAGAUGUUGGUCUGAACCUGACUGAUGUGGCUGAACGUAAUGGUUAUAAAACUUUCUACAAACUGCUCGAGGACACAGGUGUGAUGGACCUAGUCAGUGAUGGGAUUCACCAGCCAGUGACCGUCUUCUUGCCCUCUGAUGGCGUCAUGGCGUCUCUGCCGCAGGAGCAAAAGGACUUCCUAUUCCACCAGGACAACCGAGCACAGCUGGUGGAGUACUUGAAGUACCACAUCCUGCAGGCCCAGAAGGUUUACGCUGAAGCUCUGAUCCACGUGGACUCAGCUCGGACUCUGCAGGGUUCACCACUCUCGUUCCUCUGUGGAGGGACGGAUGAUAUCGGAGAAAUCUUUGUCAAUGAUGGAAAGUGUCGGAUUGUUCAGAGACACCUCAUCUUUAACGGUGGGAUCGCCUACGGGAUCAACUGCCUGUUGACUCCACCCAGCCUUGGAGGGCGCUGUGAUGAACAGACGACCUUUGACUUUAAGAUGACCUGUGGAAUGUGCACGACAUCGGCUACCCGCUGUCCCCGAGGCUCCAAACAGAAGGAGGUUCAGAAGUGCGAUCUUCCCACCGUGUUCGUCACAAGAAACUCCGGCUGUCUCAGCGUCUGCACCGUCAAUUUCUGGCAGCCAAAGUGUUGCCAUGGUUACUACGGACGAGACUGUCUGGUCUGUCCCGGCGGAGUCAGCUCUCCCUGCAGUAACCGUGGUAAAUGUGAUGAUGGUCACCUUGGUAAUGGUACCUGUACCUGUGACGUCGGUUUUGGGGGUGUGGCCUGUGAGCUGUGCAGUGAUGGAUUCUAUGGAGCUUCCUGUAAAGCCUGUAACUGUUCAGAACACGGGUCAUGUGACGCCGGCCGUAAAGGGACAGGUUUAUGUUUCUGUGAGGCGGGCUGGACCGGAGAACAAUGCGAGAUCCAACUAGCUGAAGUUUUUCAGUGUUCUCCGUCGUGUUCUCCAAAAGCGGUCUGUCAGGAAAACAACACCUGUGUGUGUCAGCCAUUUUAUGAAGGAGAUGGAUUCACCUGUACAGUGGUGGACAUGUGUCAGAUCUGGAAUGGUGGCUGUGCUAAAGUAGCUCGGUGUGCUCAGAAAGGUGAGUCGGUGGUCUGCACGUGUCCUAAAGGUUACUCUGGAGACGGGUUCACCUGUCAGCCUAUUGACCGCUGCGCCUCUGGAGACAAUGGAGGCUGCCACGAACACGCCACCUGCACCAUGACGGGCCCGGGGAAGUCGCGGUGCACCUGUAAGGACAACUACCUCGGAGACGGAGUCACCUGUGACGUCAAACAGCUGCCAAUCAGCCGCUGUCUUCAAGACAAUGGACAAUGUCACCAAGACGCCAAAUGUACCGACCUCCAUUCUGAAGAUGCGUACCUCGGUGUGUUUCAUUACCGCUCAGUUAAAGGUCAGUACAAACUGACGUAUGCUGAAGCCCAGCAGGCGUGCUCUGCAGAGGGAGGCAGCCUGGCUACAUAUAAUCAGCUGUCCUACGCUCAGCAGGGCGGGUUGAACAUGUGUGCGGCCGGCUGGUUGGACCAGGCCCGGGUGGCGUACCCCACAACCUAUUCCAGUCCCCAAUGUGGCUUCGGACAUGUCGGCAUCGUGGACUACGGCACCCGCAAAGACCUGGAAGAGACCUGGGACACCUUCUGCUACCGGAUGAAGGAGGUGACGUGUGAGUGUAAACCCGGUUACGUUGGAGACGGGUUCAGCUGUACUGGAAACCUGCUGCAGGUCCUUCAGUCCACUGCGACUUUCUCCAACUUCCUCACUCAAGUCCUGAACUACUCUCAGGUGUCUGAGUCAGGGAAGACCUUCAUGAAGCGUCUCAGUAACUUGACGGUCCAGUCGACGCUGUUUGUACCUGACAAUGACGGCCUACCUGACAACCAGACUCUGUCUCAACGAGACAUUGAGUUCCACCUGUCAGAGGGUCAGGCGCUUCCUGUCAGCCAGCUGAAGAACGGCAGCAGGAUCCGGACUCGUGCUGGCAGCCUGAGUGUCCUCGGCGUUGCCGACCUGCUCAACCCGUUGGCUCUGUCAUCUCGUUACAUCAACGACCGCUUCGUCACCGAGUCGGACAUCCUGGCUUCAAACGGGAUAAUACAUGUUCUCCAGGGACCGCUGAAAGCCCCGCCUCUUCGCCAAGAGAUGCACGUGGCCCAUAAGGCGGGGAUGGGCGUUGGCGUGGUGCUGCUGAUCGUAGUGGUGGUGGGAGCCAUCUUUGUUGGAUAUCACUUCUACUCCCACAAGACAAACCUUCCAGUUCCACUACUUCAAGGAAGACGAACUGGAGAAGAAGAAAGUCCACCUGCAGACUGCACUCGCAGCAUCUGUAACCCGUUUAUGAAGCGGCACCAGAACCAGCUGAGCUCGACACAUGUGAUGUCACGACAGACGACAACACGAGGUCGUGAACGGAGGCUUGUACGACUUGCUGAGGACAGCUGA